UUCACCGUCACAUAUUUAUUUCAAAAAUGGCAAAGUUGUUGGCAUCGCCGCUUACCUCAUUACUCUCCGUAGCUCUCAUCUCAUUCGUCAUCACAGCCGUCCGAUCCUGCUCCCCUGCCGAUCAAACGGCUCUCAACGCUUUCAAAUCAUCACUAACCGAACCAAACCUCGGCAUCUUCAACACUUGGUCCGAAGACAAAGACUGCUGCAAAGACUGGUACGGUAUCAGCUGCGAUCCGGACUCGGGUCGGGUCACAGACAUUUCUCUCCGCGGCGAAUCCGAAGACGCAAUUUUCCAAAAAUCAGGCCGGUCCGGUUACAUGACCGGUACGAUCGAUCCAUCGGUUUGCGCCUUAACCGCUCUAACUUCCUUCGUCCUCGCCGACUGGAAAGGAAUCUCCGGCGAGAUUCCUCCGUGCGUAACCUCCUUAGCUUCUCUCCGCAUCCUCGACCUCGCCGGAAACAGACUCACCGGCGAGAUUCCGGCCGAUAUCGGCAAACUCACCAAACUCGGAGUUCUCAACCUCGCCGAGAAUCAGAUGUCCGGCGAGAUUCCGGCGUCGCUGACGUCACUGACGGAGCUGAAGCAUCUCGAGUUGACGGAAAACGGAAUCUCCGGCGAGAUUCCGGCGGAUUUCGGGUCGUUGAAGAUGCUGAGCAGGGCGUUACUGGGACGUAACGAACUAACCGGGUCGCUUCCGGAGUCGAUCUCGGGUAUGGAGCGGUUAGCGGAUCUGGAUCUAUCCAGGAACCAUAUAGAAGGUCCGAUACCCGAAUGGGUGGGAAACAUGAAGGUGCUCUCUCUAUUGAAUCUCGAUUGCAACUCGUUAACCGGUCCGAUUCCCGGUUCGAUUUUAAGUAAUUCCGGUUUUGGUGUUUUGAAUCUGAGCCGAAAUGCGUUGGAAGGAACCAUACCCGACGUUUUCGGAUCCACGACUUAUUUCGUGGCGCUUGAUUUGUCUUAUAAUAGUCUGUCGGGUCGGAUCCCUGAUUCGCUUUCGUCAGCUAAGUUUGUGGGCCAUUUGGAUAUCAGUAAUAACAAGCUUUGUGGGCCUAUUCCAACGGGUUCUCCUUUUGAUCACCUUGAAGCGGCGUCGUUUAGUGACAACCAGUGUUUGUGCGGUGGUCCUUUGAUGAAGACAUGUUAAUAUGGUUCCGGUUUUGCUGAACCGGAGAAUUUAUCAAGUUCCUUAUUUCUCUUGUUCCAUAUUGGUUUAACUGUUUUUUUUUUCUUACUCCUUCAAAUUAUAAGUGCCAGAAGCUUAUUCUAUUCUAUUGGACACAAAAUGCAACAAUGGUCCAAUCUGUAAUAUGGUAGCACAUGUUAUAGAUCUUAUAUGGUAUAUCAUUUGUUCAAGGACUCUUAGAUGGCA